AUGACAUGUCAACUUCAAAAAGAUGGUAUGUUAGAAGUUGUUUCUUUUCAUGAACAACAUAAUCAUGAGUUUGCUCCUUCACCAAUGAAACAUAUGUUAAGAUCAAAAAGAAAAAUUGCACCUGCUCAAAAAGCUAUUGCAAAUGAUGCGGAGAAGUCUGGAAUAUCAAUAAAACAAACUAUAGAUUUAUUGAGCAUGCAAGUUGGUGGUCAUGAAAAUCUUGGUUUUUUAGAUUAUGACUAUAAAAAUCAUGUACAUCGUGAGAGGAGAAAGGCUUUAAAGAAAGGUGAUGCUCGUGCUAUGAUGGAAUAUUUUCAUAAUAUGCAAUUAGAAGAUCCAUCUUACUUUUAUUCAAUACAAGUUGAUGAUGAUGGUCUAAUAUUGAACAUAUUUUGGGCUGAUGCUAGAUCAAUAGUUGAUUAUGGCCACUUUGGAGAUGUUUUGUGUUUUGAUACAACUUAUAGGACAAAUCAAUAUGAUCGACCCUUUGCUCCAUUCAUCGGGGUUAAUCAUCACAAACAAAUAACCAUUUUCGGUGCAGCUUUACUUUAUGAUGAAACCAUAGAGUCAUUUAUGUGGUUGUUUAAAACUUUUUUGAGUGCAAUGUCAGGGAAGCAGCCAAAAACUAUACUUACAAAUCAGUCUGCUGCAAUGGCUAAGGCAAUAGCAGAGCACUUUGCAGCUGAUUUGAGCACUUGUAUGUAUGAUUAUGAAGAUGAAGAUGAAUGGCUAGUUGCAUGGAAUAAUAUGCUUGAGAAAUAUGAUCUUACUAAUAAUAAAUGGUUGUGUGGGAUAUUUGAUCUAAAAGAAAAAUGGGCCAUGGUAUAUGGUCGACAUAUGUUUACUGCUGAUAUGAAAAGCACCCAACGUAGUGAGUCAAUGAACAAUGUGUUGAAAAAAUACUUGAAAUCGAAAUAUAAUUUUUUGCCUUUUUUGGAACAUUACUCUAGAGUCUUGGUUGAUAGAAGACGUCAAGAACUACAAGCCGAGUUCAAAAUGAGGCAGACAACACCAGUUUUACAACUUGAUGUGGAGAUGUUGAGACAUGCUGUAAAGUUGUACACCCCAAAAAUGUUUAAAAUGUUUCAAGAUGAAUAUAUGAAGAUGGGGGAUUGUACAAUUUUCAAGGUUAGUAAAUCUGAUACUAUCAUUGAAUACAAAGUUAAAUAUAGGCAAAAAACUCAAGAGCACCUUGUUAAAUAUGAAGCCUCAACAACUAAUGUUCAGUGUAGUUGCAUGAAGUUCAGUUUUGUAGGAAUUCUUUGUGUCCAUGCUUUGAAGGUUCUUGACAAAAAAAACAUUCAGAUACUUCCAACUCAUUAUAUAUUGAAAAGAUGGACACAAGAUGCAAAACUUGGUUCUAUCAAGAACUAUCAUGGUGUUGAUAUUAAAGGUAAUGCUCAAGAGUCAUUGGGAAAGCGUUACUCUCAUUUAUGUCACAAUUUUCGUGAAGUUUCCAUACUUGCAGCAGAAUCUGAGAUUAUGUAUGAUUAUGCCAAAAAAUGUUCUGAAACAUUAUUGAAGGAUUUGCAAGAAAUGAGGAAAAAAUGUUAUUCCCUUAGCAUGGAGGAUCAUUCAAAGGUCCAUGAUGAAGUUGUUCUUGAGGAUGCCAAUUCCUCAUUUGACAUUAAUUCUCUUGAAGAAAAUAGUAAUGUUGAACAAGUUUCACAGUUGGUGGAUAAUUUCACUCAGGAAUCUGUCUUUUGUAGUCAUUUGGUUGGACAAGACUAUGUUGUUGGACAUAUUGUUGAGACAAAUCAGGUUUCAGUAGCUCUUGAUGAUAAUUUAUAA